UGGACAAACGCACCCCUCUCCAUCUCCCCUAUCCACUCCUGGACGGUUCACAGCUUAUGAGUCAUUCCCGUUUACACUUCCGCUGCAUCCCUCCCAACUCGGCCACGAGUUCACAUUAUAAAAAGCUUAGGGAACUCCGUUACAGCGCCCCACAUUGAUCUACCUGAUCAAUAUUCAGGUUCUUUCUAUCAUCGACUAUCCUCUACCAUCAGCACCAUGGCGUCUUCCGGCAGCGUGUUCUCUAAGACAUUGCAGGACAUUACCACAACAAAAUUAGAAGAGCUCGCUGGGCAGCGCGCUGCUUUCGAGAAGCAAUACAAGGAGCUGUUGGACAAAGCGUCUAAGGUGACAGAUCAAUUGGAGUGGCUCUAUAUCCUCGCUGAUGGCAUCAAAUCAUGCCUUACUGUUGCCACCGAGCCAUCGAAAGAUGGAAAAAGCGGCCGUGUUGUACUAGGUUCGACCGGCAACAGCCGCCUUGAAACAGACCUGAAAAACCUUGAUCGCUUCCUGGAACAAGCCCGAUACGAUCCGUCAGUCUCGCCCAAGGUUCUCAAAAACUGGGAAAACAUGCUUCUCCAAUAUCUCUCCAUCCAAUCGAACAAAUAUCAGUACGCAGAUCUGUAUGGACGACUUGUCACCGAGUGGCUCUCUUCGGAGAAGUCCGCUCUGUCAGAGGGUGAUACUGAGUCAGGGGAGGACUUCGAAGAGCUACCUGGAACGAAGAAACUUGAAGCCAGGGCUAAGUGGGAACAGGCGGUCUUCGAACCUGCCGAUGUUGAUGAGCAAGAGCUCAAAGCCUAUCUUGAACGCCUCUUCUCGAUCAGCGAAGAAUCAGAUUCUGAUGUAGGCGCUGGCUUAGAGGAGCUGCGUCGGAAGGUUGCUGCUUUUGAGAGCGGCCUCAGCAGCUCCCAGCAAUUCAAUGUCCACACUCUGCGAUGGGUCAUACAGAGUCUGCAGUCUUCCGACCUUCUCUCGAACGAAAAGCGCGAGGUCCUCAAAGACUUUCUUGGCAACGAUGUCAUCCUCGGUGAGAUUGCAGAUGUGCUCAAUAUGCGCAUGGCUGUCCUGGGUCGCUGGUCGUGGGGCGAUCACGUCCCGCUUGAAGAACGACGAAAUGUCAAUGGUGGCUACAGCAUCCAAAUGCACGAGGAUCUUUUACAAGCCAUCUUCUUGCACUACAUUGGCGUGAAGUGGUCUGUGUUCUUCAAGAAUGCGUUCAAGGGCUUCCGCCUGGAGGCUUGGAGGUCGAACGAGAUCGCUGUCCCGAACGCAGAUCGUUACCGUCGAGAGCAUUACCUUGGAAAGGACGGCGUUGAGACCUACUCCAGUCUCCAGAAAAAGCGGGCAAGCGGUCAUAGAAAGACCUAUUUUGCCCACCAGCUGCUUGACUAUGAGCAACAACGCGUUGAGACUGAAGAGGGAGAGGAAGAAGCUGAAUUCAGAAGCUACGUUCAGCAGCCGAUGGCGCAAACUACUACUCGCAUGAAACAAACCGCCCGCAAGUCUACCGGCGGUAAGGCACCGCGGAAGCAGUUAGCUUCGAAGGCUGCGAGGAAGUCAGCCCCGUCUGCUUCUUUUCCUGUUGCUGAUGACGAGGAAGUUGAUGACGACGAAGAGGAAGACGACGAGGAUGAGGACAACUAUCGAUCGAAGAACCCAAUGGAAGCGAAGCAACAGCUUCUCCAUAUUGUCGCUACCGAGAUUGUCCUGAAUACUCGUCUGCACGGGGAACUUACCUGUUUUCGUUCGAACUUCGAAUCCUGGAACCCUCUUCUGCCGCACGAGACUAUCCUUGCUGUCUUCGAAUUCUUCGGAGUCGGUGCUAAAUGGCGUACAUUCUUCAAGACGUUUCUACAAGCUCCACUGAAAUUCACUGACGAUAAGUCUUCGUCGCCGCGACUCCGUCGCCGUGGCACUCCCGGGUCGCACGCACUGAGCGAUGUAUUCGGCGAAGUCGUCCUUGCUUGCCUUGACUUUUCCGUAAACCAGGCGACCCAUGGCGAGAUGAUGUACCGCCUCUAUGACGACAUCUGGUUCUGGUCCAAGGAUUACGAGAAGUGUGUAAAAGCAUGGGACUGUGUACAGGAAUUCGCCACUGCCAUGACUGUUGAGAUUGACGACGUGAAGACUGGCCAUGUGCGCAUCUUCCAUGACAAAGCCAAGCACAAUUCCGACGAUGUGGAUAUGGACGGACGUCUCCCGGCGGGAGAAAUCCGCUGGGGCUUUCUGUACCUUGACGGAUUCACCGGGCGCUUCGAGAUCGACGACAAGAUGGUCGACGGUCAUAUCGAAGAACUCCGCGCGCAGCUCCAAGGUAAGUCGAAGAGCGUCAUCGAUUGGAUCCAAGCGUGGAAUACAUAUGCCGCUACAUUCUUCAGCUCCAACUUUGGAAAGCCAGCAAACUGCUUCGGCCGCGAGCACGUGGAUAGAAUGCUGGCGACCCACCGCCGUAUUCAAGAAAAGAUCUUCGAUGGCGGCAAUGUGGUCCACUUUCUGAAGAAGACCAUAGAAGAGCGAUUCCAUGUCAAGGACAUUCCCGAUGGCUUCCUUUUCUUCCCAGUGGAGCUCGGAGGACUCGACCUCAAGUCCCCCUUCGUCGGCCUGCUUCAAAUCCGCGAAUCGGUCAAGGAGGAUCCACAUUACCUCGUAGACGAGUUCUUGAAGAAAGAAGUCAAGGACUACAAAGAAGCCAAGAUUGCGUUCGAUCGCGGCGAUGUUAGAACAAAUCGUUACACCGGAGCGGAUCCUGAGUGGAAGCCGGCCAAGGAUGCAGACAUAUUCUUCCCUAUUGAGGAAUACGUGCGGUAUCGCGAGCAGUAUGCGCCCACCGGAAGGGCGAGCAUCGUACGUACGUACUGCAGUCUGAUGAGGCGCCCCGAGGAAGAGUCGAUCGACGUCAGCACGCAAAUACAGCAGGCUACGCAGGCGUUGAACGGACAAAGCAACUUGAAGGGCAUCACAGGCUACUGGCACGGUAUGGAGCCGUAUUGGAAGUGGGUUGCGCAGAUGUACGGCCCAGAGAUGUGUGAGCGGUUUGGGGGGUUGAAUGUGGUGGAUCCGGGGCUGCUGCCUAUUGGCAUGGUGAGUAUGUUCCGCGAGAAGAGGAUUAAGUGGCAAGGCUAGAGUGUUUGUCGUGUAUGGAGAGUGGGGAUUUUUGAUGGCCAGAUAUGGGUCGAACCAUACCUCGAGUUGCAUGGUUGGAAGUGCUGCGUUUUGACAGCGUCGCCCCUGUUACGCAAAUCAAGCUUUACGGUACCAAUGCUACUUGCGACCAGUCUUGCAUUCUCCUGUC